GCGCAUGCCUUGCCUGCCAAGCAUCGUUUCAAGUGGCGGGCAGUUUUGAGGGCAAUGCUUGCUAUGCUGUGUGCAGUUUUGGGGAUAGUGGGUAGUGCCACUGCGGUGGAAAGCGCAGGCCGCGAUUUUGAGACACUGUUUGCAAUCCGCAUGUUGGCAGUGCCAGUGGCCGUGGAGUUCCUUUCUUUAUCAACUUUUGACCAUGAUACUUCGCUUGUGGCAUAUUUGCAGAAAUUUCGGAGCAGCGCGUGGCCGGACUUGUCUCAUCUACUGCAGUCUGAAAAUGUGCUUUACAUCCUAUGGAGCCCUUUCACUGACAAAGUGUAUGCUGGAAGGACCGUUAACUUCCGUAGGCGCCACACGGACCAUUUCCAUCGCAUUGACAACCCAAGUGCUGCUGGCCAGAUACCUGCCUACCACGUGAUCAGAAACCUAGCUCCUUCAGGCGUGCAUCCUGCUUCCAUGUACUUCAUGUUGCCUGUUGUGCAAGUGGAAGGGGAUCGGAGGGAUGCAGUUAUUUGGGAGCGAGCCUUCAUCCAUGGUUGGGCUUUCAAACUAAAU